ACGUAGGAAUACUGUAAAUUUGGCAGGUUUGGUGUCAAUUCUACCGAGAAUAAUAAUCCAUCAUUUAUAUCAAUUAUUAAAUUAACAAAAAUGGUGACCCUGCUUCAAACUAUAGAUACAGGUCAUGAAGAUAUGAUACAUGAUGCUGAGGUCGAUUAUCUUGGCCUAAGGUUAGCCACUUGUUCUUCGGACAACAGUGUAAAAGUUUAUGAUAUUAAGAAUGGGCAUGCUUUAUUAGAUGACUUGAAGGGUCAUUUUGGACCCGUCUGGCAAAUAGCUUGGAGUCACCCUAAAUUUGGAAAUUUAUUAGCUUCUUGUUCAUAUGAUAAGAAAGUUAUUAUUUGGAAGGAAGCCAACGGUAAAUUCACUAAAUACUAUGAAUACGCAAACCAUGACUCCAGUGUUAAUUCUGUUCAAUUUGCUCCUGCUGAGUUUGGCCUUAUAUUAGCAUGUGGCAGUAGUGAUGGUUCUAUAUCAAUUCUUACAUAUAUAAUGGAAACUAACUCAUGGGAUGUUAAGAAAAUUCAAAAUGCUCAUGCAAUUGGCUGCAAUGCCGUAUCUUGGGCACCUGCAGUUUUUCCUGAAUCUGCACUUGAUAAUAACAGUGAACCAAGCUUGAAAAAAAUGUUGGUCUCUGGUGGUUGCGAUAAUUUAGUGAAAAUAUGGAAGGAAGAUCAGGACCGUUGGGUUGAGGUUUGCAAACUUGAAGUACAUUCUGAUUGGGUAAGGGAUGUUGCAUGGGCACCUUCAGCUGGUCUACACCACCACACAAUAGCUAGCUGUUCACAAGAUAGAAGGGUCAUAAUUUGGACUAGUGAUGAUGCUAUAUCUUGGAACUCCACUGUACUUCAUACCUUUGAUGACGUUGUUUGGAAUGUCAGUUGGUGUUUAUAUGGAAAUGUUCUGAGUGUUUCAGGCGGUGAUAAUAUAGUAACAGUUUGGAAACAGAGCUUGGAGGGAAAUUGGCAGUGUAUUAGUAGUGAUGUUUCAAAGGGUUCUGGACAAAUAAAUCAAUGAAUUAUUGUCUAGUUUAUUUUAUUUUUUCAUGAAUUACUUGAAAAUAUAAAAUACCUUCUACUAUUUCUAAAAUUUCAUCCUUACAAUAAAUAUGUUUAUUCCUA